AGCAAUACCAGCGCGAAAUUGUGAAUAAAUGUGAAAUUUGAUAUGCUUAUGUAAUUUAAUCUAUAGCGUAUAAGUAAUGGACGACAAACAGUUACUGGUGUCUUCUAAUAAUCCUAACCCUUACGAUCCUGUUGUAAGCCAACCACACCAAAGUCAGCAGUACUACUCCCCUGGUGCAGCAAACUACCACACCGGGGAUCAUCAGGUAUAUGCUGCCCAGAGUCAAGGACAAUAUGGCGUUCACUCUCACUCAGUUGUUGUGUCUGCGCAACCGCAAUCAAUCACUAGUUUAGAUGUCAAAGAAACUUGGUCGACGGGACUAAUGAAUUGUGGUGAUGAUAUUCCUUCAUGUUUGUUAGAAUGUUUCCUUGGUCCGUUUGCUAAAGGAAACUUGGCAACAAGACUUGGGCAACCUUUUAUGUAUGGAUUCUGCUGCGGAUUCCAUUUCUCGACUGCUAUCAGACCAUAUUUUCGUGCAAAACACAAUAUACAGGGUGAUUUGCUAAACGAUUGCUUCGUAACCGCAUUCUGUGGACCAUGUAACAUGUGCCAAAUAUCAAGGGAAAUGGACAGACGAGAAUAUCCAAAGGGCUGCUUAUAUUAGAACUUAUGCCAAUAAAUGAUGAAAAAACGGAGAAUGGCAUACCAUUCGAUGAUCUCAACUUCUGCGUAUUCAAACAUUGGUGUAAAUUUUAGCGAUACGAUACAGCUAUUUACCAGUGAAAAAACAUUUGAAAAUCAUCAUCGCAAUCCGUUUAUUACUUUUAUUCCGCCAGUCUAGUAUAAUAAGAGUCUUUUACUAUUUAUCUCGGAUUAUAUUGUAUUGACUUUUAUUAGUCAUCUUAUGGCCUAUACCACGUCAGCAAGUAUCUUGAAUUACAAUACUGUCAGUAUGAAGAAUUCAGUCAAAAUAAUCAUAUCUGAUGAAAUAGCAAUACCAUGAGUGUAUUUUAAAACUUAAGGUAUUCAAACUGACUUCGAUUCUGUAACAUUCCUAUUUCUCGCAGUGAAUAUUUGUUGUUGUUUUUUUUGUAAAAUUCGGCUAUACCCGGUUUUUGCCCCGUAGUAUUAUGAUAUUAUAUUCGAAAUAGAACUUGCAUGCAAAGCAAAUUGCCGCCUACUCAUCGCUGGUUCAAAUCUCACAGAAACCAGGUUUUUGCUUCAUAGUAUUAUAAUAUUAUAUUCGAAACAAAAUUUGUAUACAAAGCAAAUUUUCGACUAUUCAUCGCUAGUUCAAAUCUCACAGAAAAUAAUAAAGUAAGGAAGGAAAGAGCACUAAUAGUUACAAGCGACUCUGACAAUUUACGGAUGUGUGAGUAGAUCUAGUGGAUAAUAUACUCAACUGGCCCCGAUCCGAAUCCGGGACCUUUCAAGCAUUAAAUUUGGACCGCAGCUGCUUCUUGAUUUCGAAUCUUUUUUAUUUUAUUUCACAGUUGUGAUGUAAUGAACGCAUUUUCGCUAAAACACCGAAGAAAAACUGCGACUUUAUAGCAAUAUACGUCUGUCCAAGCUUGGCUCACUUUACUUACCCUAGCAUUUAAGCAAGAUGACUGAAGAACUGAAGUUUUAGCGGCCACUCGAACACAUUUUUUACGGAAUUUAGGCAUAGUCGUGAACAGUAAUAACUUGUUGUUGCGUUCUACUUAUCAGUUUUAAAUUGCAUUUUCGAAACUUAAUAAAUAACUCAAUUUUGCAAAACUUA